CCCCUGCAUCUGCGAGCGCCACUGUAUAACUUACAUGCAGAAUAUUAUGCGUGUGUUUCUUAGCGCCGGCAAAGUGGCACACCGUCAUUGGCUGGAUUUCCUCGCGAUUUUCGGGCCCCUUUGAAUUUCCCGUAGUAUACGCGCCCAUGCCACUGACAAAGCGAGCACGGAGCUUUCCCGACAAUCGGACUGAUUUCAUCCGAGGCUUUUCGAACCUCACCCCAACGUCGGCGCUCGACAAUCAACCGUAACAAUAAAAGGACGUUCGAGUGUUUUGAUAAGAAGUGCAGACACAGUAGCCAGUGUUUUUUUCUGCACAGUGGACUCUUGCAAGACGAUUGUCGAUUCGGUGGCCAGUGAUAAUUUGUGAAAGUAUAGUGGACACUCGGUGCCAUUAGUCUUUCACAGAAACGCCCAUUACUUCGACUCCGAAACUAGUUUACUUAGCUGAUCCUUUGAAAGGGAGGAAUUAUGAAAAUUAUUCAUGCAGCCGCCAAUGCUGUUGUACUACUGCUACUAUGUUUUACGGUGAGCACUAGCAGUGACAAAACUGCUAAGAAGAGGAAUAGCGAGGAGGCAAAGAACAUGCAACUUCCACCUUGCGCUUCCUGCAAAGUACUUGUUGAGAGCUUUAAAAAAGGCAUCGAGAAGACGAGCAGAGGAAAAUUCGAGGGCGGAGACAGUGCAUGGGAGGAAGAUAAGCUUGGAUCUUACAAGACAAGCGAAGUGAGACUGAUCGAGAUCCAGGAAGGAUUGUGCAAAGACCUUGACUAUGCUCAAACUCAAUGCCAUUCGCUUGCGGAAGACUUGGAGAGUUUCGUAGAGGAAUGGUGGUUCAAGAGGCAGGACAGCCAUCCAGAUUUGUACAGCUUUUUGUGUAUAGAGAAGGCAGAGAGAUGCUGCCCAAAGGAUCAAUAUGGACCAAAUUGUGAUAAAUGCCCUGGCUAUCCAGACAAUGUUUGCAAUAGCAAUGGAAAGUGUAAGGGGUCUGGCACUAGGAAAGGAAAUGGCAAAUGCACAUGCGACAAAGGUUACUCUGGAGAACUUUGCUUUGACUGUGCAGCAGGAUUUUAUCAAUCAUUCAAGGAUGAGAAGAAAUUGCUUUGUUCGCCGUGUCACAAGGCAUGCAAAGGCCUGUGUACGGGUGGAGGACCCAGAGAUUGCCAUGAGUGCAAUCCAGGAUGGAAGAAAAUUGAUGGCAAAGGCUGUCAUGAUAUAGAUGAAUGCCUCGAGAGAGAAAAUAGCUGCCCAGAUAAUCACUUCUGUGUUAACAACGAAGGAAAUUUCUCCUGCAUAGCCUGUGACAAAGCUUGUGAUGGCUGCUCUGGUGAUGGACCUGACAUGUGCAAUGUAUGUGCUGAAGGUUACAAUAAAAAAGGCAGCAUAUGUGUCAAUUCCGAUAUACUUGGGCGAAAGACUUAUGAGAAUUGGACUCGCUAUUUAACAUACUUGGGUCUUGCAGUGGCCACAAGUAUCAUUCUACAGCGCAAUGUUUAUGCAGCAAGUGUAAUUGGUCUCUGUGUUGCUAUUUACAUAUCUGUUUCUGAAUACUUGAUUGCCCACAGUGGCAUUCAAGACACGAUGCCAAAUAUAGGUAUAAUAGACAAACUUUCGUAACUACUUUACAAAUCAAUAAAUAAAUAAGAGUACAACCAAAACAAAAAGUGGGAAAAUAUUUGAAUAUCAUUCCAGUAUUCCUUGUAAAAUCAGUAUUAUUUGUACAUUUUAUAUACUUGUAAAAACCAAAUUUUAUUCACAAUUUUGAAUAAUGAAUAACCGUCAUAUGGAAGUACAGAGAUAUCGAAUGAUUUUCUUAUUACUUCGGUAAAUCUGCUAUUAUAGUGUGUAUGAUACAUCCGAUCUACGUCAUCCAAAAUAAUAUUUAAUAAAACACAUUAAUUAACUCUA